UGUAAAACAUUGGCUUGAUCAGUGUAGUAUAGGUAUAGCCAAUCUGAUUGCCUACACCUAUAGCAAUUCUUUUGUUUUUUGUCUUUAGAUAAGUAACAAAAAAAAUUCCAUUUUCCCAUUCUUGGGUCUCUGAUUUAGAACAUAUUAAUCCUUUUCCCACACUUGAAUACAGCUUUCUAUUUUUGUGUUUCUUUAACAAACAUCAUUGAAGCAUAAUCUCCAACAAUUUUUGUCCUUUCCUCCAUAUUUUCUUCUAAGCAAAAAAACCAUUUUUCCCUCCCAUUUCAACCUUUGCAAUCAUCAAAAGGAGAGUAACAAUGACGGAAGAAAACUAUGAUUCAGAAAUGCCACUUGGUUUUGGGAAUGAAAUGGACAAUGUUGUGGGGAGGAUAUCGAGUUGUGGGUCAAGAAAAAGACCGAUACCACAGUCAUUUUACCCGGCGCAUGUUCAACAACAACCUUCUUCACACAAACAUAGAUCAACAGUUGGUGUUCAAGCUCGCGCGACAUCAUUAGAACCAUCAAUUCAUCGGUAUGAAGAACCAACCGAAGAUAAAGGCUGUCGUAUUAGUGCUGUGGCGAAAAGUCAGUUAGGUCAGAACAAUACUUCAUUGGCUAUGCAUCCACUGUCGGGAUUAAUGAAAGAAGUUGAGACAGAAAUUGAAGAUGUUGCACCUGAUAUUAUUCAAGGAGGUACUGGUGAAGGUCGAACUAGUGUCGUUCAAGGGACAAUUGUUAGUCCUUCGAUACAAGAAGAAGGGCAAACGACUAAUGGUGCUUGGUGUGAUCACAGAACGAAGAGAAAUGCUGAUUUAAGUAAUCAACCAACUUGUGAUAUUGUUGUCGAUUUCCUUCAACAAGUAGCGGUUGCAUUUGAGGAAGUAAAAGCAAAUCAAGAAGAGAGCACAAGGUCGGCGAAAGAUUCAAUUAGUAUGCACCCAAGUCUUGAACCAACAUUUCUAGCCAUUGUUAAAAAGCACGGAGACAUUACAAAGGAUUGUCUGCUGGAGUCAGGUUACAUGCUGACUUCUGUUCUAGAAGCUAUAUGUAAGGUUGUCCAAGAACUUCAACAGAAACACUUGACUCAAUUCAAUUGUGAUCUCUUGAACUCCUACUACUCCGUAGUCAGGGAUACUGAGAAAAUGAAGGUGAAUGUCAACUGGUUAAGAACUCGACUUGAUGAGAUUAAAGAUGCGGUAAAUUGUAUUGUUGAGACAAAAAAUCUCGACGAUGAGAAGAAUAGGCUCACAAAACAGAUUGAAAAUGAGAAGAAGGAUCUCGAAUCAAUGAAUGCUGAAUUGGAGAAACUCAAGUCUGAAAUCGCAAGAAAGGAAAAUCAGCAGUUUGUUUAUGAUCGAGCACUCAGAAUUCAGCAGUUUAAAAACAUGCCAUUGAUGGAGACAUUUCAAUAGUUUUAACCGCGUAUAAAUUUUCUAUCCUUCUCUAUGUCCAUGCUGGUGUUUACGAUAGAUCUUCCCUCUAGUUCAUUGAUACUUAACCGUCAUUUCAUUUGAUCUGCCACAAAGCUAAGGAUGAACUAGAUUCUUUGUUGUUCUUGAUACUAACUUUGCUUUAAUAGUACAUAUAUAACUUACGCAGUCGACUCCAGACUCCACUGAUAGAAUAGAGCUGGACUUGUUGAUUUUUGAUAUAGUUGGAAGUACUUAACUACAACAAUAUACCCAAUGUAUUCUCACAAAGCGGGGUCUGAGGACGUUGGAGUAUCGCAUGCAGUCCAUACCACUACUCUGAGGUAAGGCAGAGAGGCUGUUUCUGAUAGACCAGUGGCUCAAGACGAAACGAAACAGUCUAGAAAAGAUGAAAGUGAUUAACUAGCUAGCUGAAGAUGAUCUUAACUUGAGUAUCGUUGGGAGUCUUACCCCUUACCUUGUGAAGUUCAAAAAUCUCAAGAAAAUGGCACAGGAAAACUAUUACGCAGAACUACCAGCUGGUUUUGCUACGUCGAUUUCGGGUUAUGGGUCAAGGAAAAGACCAACACCGCAUUCAUUUGACCCCAGUCAUGUCCAACAUCAAGCUUCUUCACAUAAACAGAAACCAUCAGUUGGUGUUAAAGAUCGUGUAGCAUCAUUAAAACCGUCAAUUCAUCAGUCCGAAGCAGCAACCAAUGCCAAAGAAAGUCCGAUUAGUGUUGUGGCGAAAAGUCAGGCCACACCAAUACCUCACCAGCUAUGCACUCGCAGCCGGGAUUAAUAAAAGAAGUUAAGACAGAAAUUGAAGAUGUUGCACCUGAUGUUAUUCGAGGAGGUAUUGGCGAAGGUCCUCUUCAUCGUAUUGUUAGUCCAUCGAUUCAAGAAGAAGGGAGAAUGACUAAUGAUGCUCGAUCUGGUCACAAGAGGAAGAAAAUUAUUGAUUUAAGUAAUCAACCAACUUGCAACAUUGAUGUCAAUUUCCUUCUACAAGUCGCGUUUGCUUUUGAGGAAGUAAA